GCAGUUUGGAGCUUCGUGCGGCAUUGCACCGGUGUCGUGCAUGCUGUAGCAAGUAGCCAGCAGACGCACGCGCGUCGCGCGCUGCAUGAGUCAAUUCCAAACCCAAAAUUUCAUCAGUCAGUCAGAAUACCGAGAGCCGGUGCGUUAUACCCAGUACCACGCGUUAACCUUAGUUUUCAUUGUAAACAAUAAUAAUCAAGUGUUGGGGAAUUGAUUAUAUUUCAAAUCGUUGUAAAAAUGGAAGUUGUAAACGAUCGAGCGGCUUUCUUGACAAAUUACGAAGUAUAUGAUGUAUUGAACAGUAUUAAAGCAAGUAAAACAAAGAGCAAAGGAGAAAGUCAGCUGGCCACAAUAACCUACUCGACGAUCAAAUAUCUGGAGGACACACCUUGUAAAGAUCAAACUGCAGAUAAAAUAACUGGAUUUAUGACAGCCGUAGAAUCUUUCAAAUUGUCCAAAAGUGAGAAAUUGACAAUUCUCAAUUUGUUUCCAACAACGGUUCUUGAACUACAUUUGCUCAUCGAAGAUUGUGAAGAACGUUUCAACGAGGAAGAGGAAGAAAAAUUACUUAUGAUCAUUGCUGAGCACUUGGAAACAGUAAAAGAAGAACCCGCUUCUGAUUAAAAGAAAAGUUGAUGUAAAAUUUAUUUUUAUGUACAUUGUUUUAAAAUAAAUAAUUUUAAGAAUGAUCUGUUACAAAAUUUGUGUG